AUGAAGUUCAGUCUGGCAGCCGUUACCGCGCUCCUUGCCGUCGCUCAAACUGUGACCAGUACGGCAGUGAUUACUCAACCGGUCGCAUCCACGGACAAGAACGGUGGCAGUCGCCUCACCGUUGAGUGGCACGACGACAACAAGGCCCCCACGCUGAAGGACUGGGGAGACAUCAACAUCUUCCUCGCUGCUGGAUCGCAAAACGUCCAGUUCAAGCUCCAAGAAGUGGCUUCUGGCGUCAAGAGCACCGCUACUUCGAAGCGUUUCAAGAUUGACCCUAGCAUCGGCGAGACUGGACAGUACUAGUGAGUAGAGCAGAGGCACUCGGAUUAAUGUACAGGGCGCGUUGGCUGGCGAGGCAAUGCUGGUUGCGAGGACGUCGAGAUUCAAUAUACGGCGCUGGUCGCACACUGCUUUGUUUGACAUGCCCAUAGAUGCGCAUUUUGCCAGCACAGACACGGAUCCGAUUACGAAUGUAGUUGCCGCGUCCGUUCCAUAUUGACUGACACUUCUCUCACUGUACCUCUUGUGUCCAGCUUCAUCCGCAUGGAGGGCACCAAGCUCGGAGCCAACAACCUCCCGCCCAUGUCCUUCUCUGCCCGUUUCAAGUUGGACAAGAUGACUGGUCACUUCAACUCAACCGUCCUUGCGGCAGCGAAGGGCCAGGAGGGCGCUGCUUCUCCUACCGCUGGCGCGGCAAAGGUGUCGUCGACCUCGACUCUCAGCACUCAGAGAGCCUCUGCGACCCCUCUCACCGGCAGCGCUUCUGCCAACCGUAGCUCUUCUAACACCUCCGGCUCGAGCUCGGCUGCUGGAAUCGUCUUGCCCGCUCACUUCUUGAGCGCAGCGGCCGGUAUCGGAGCUGCGGCUGUGGGAGCCGUGAUGCUCUUGUAA